UCUGGGCGACACAACGCAGAGCGAGAUGGCGUCGCAGUCCGAGAGCAGUGCGGGAGCGGACACGGAGCUGGACGAGCUGUUGGACAGUGCGCUGGACGACUUUGAGAAGACGAACGUUCCUCAUGCCGCUCCUCAGGCCGCCGGUGCAGAAGCGAAGACGACGCAGAAGCCUCCUCUACUGGAGGACAGUCAGUUCUUCGAGUCUCUGUUUGAGGGUGAGAUGGCCGAGCAGGCGAAGGAGGAGUGGGAGCGAGCGAUGGCUGAGCUGGCGCAGGAGGAGCCCGAGCUCAUACAGCAGUUCAACAAGCUGUCGGAGGCCGCGGGGAAAGUGGGUACUGACGCAGCGUCUCAGCAAGAGUUCGCGUCCUGCUUGAAAGACACGCUGAGCGGUUUGGCCCAAAACGCAGACAAUCUGCAGGCCACAGGAUUGGCCGGUGAGGAUCUGGCUAAAACGUUAGAAGGGCUGGGAUUGGACGAGAACAGUGAAGCGGGCGGGGACGACGGUAACAUCCUCCCCAUCAUGCAGUCCAUCAUGCAGAACCUUCUGUCCAAAGACGUGCUGUAUCCGUCACUCAAGGAGAUCACAGAGAAGUACCCCGAGUGGUUGGACAGUAACAGACAGUCGCUCGCGCCUGAGGACCUGCAGCGGUACGAGCAGCAGCACAGGAUCAUGGGAGAAAUCUGCAGCCAGUUUGAGAGAGAUGGAGACGCAGGGAGCAGCUUUGAGAACAUUCUCGAACUGAUGCAGAAGCUGCAGGAUUUGGGUCAUCCGCCGAAGGAGCUCGCCGGAGAAGCACCCCCUGGUUUGAACUUUGACCCGGAGUCUCUUCAACUUCCUGGAGCGGCAGGCGCAGAGCAGUGCUCGGUCAUGUGACCCACAGCGAGAAGGAGACACUAGCAGUAUAAAUAUAUAUGAUGUUAUGAAAGAGAGCGAGAGUGUGUGUGUGUGUGUGUGUGUGUGUGUGUGUGUGUGUGUGUUUGGACAGACUAAUCAAUGUAAAAUAAUUCAGCCUUUAAUUCCACAUAAUAAUAAUAAUCUCACAGACUAACGUUAGCAUUCCUCGCCUAGCAGUAGCGGAUGCUUGCUAACUUCAGGCUAUGUACUGUAGUGUGUAAUUAAAUACAGAUACUUUUAUCCAGGUGAAAUCUUAGGUUAGUCAAGACACCAAGCUGAAAGUUACAAAUUACAACAAGAAAAAAAAAAAACAUUUGGUAAUGUCACAUGACCAGGUGAUGAUUAUAAGCCACACCCACUUUGAUGCAGUGCUGUAAUAGACAUCAGAGACGAAUCUGAUUAUUAUUCCAGCUGACGGUUUUAUAUACAUCAUCACUUCAUACACUAAACAGUGAAGCCUUUAAGAGCGUGUGUGUGUGUGUGUGUGUGUGAGAGGGC